UAAAAUAUAAAUAAUGUCAAAAUCAUACCAUUACCAAGUUUAGUAUAUUGCUAAAGAUUAAUAGGAGUAGAAAAGAGAUUCCUAGCCAUAACGAAAAGUAAAUUAAAUAUAAGAUUAGUAUAGUCACAUAAUAAUUAUGAUGGAUAUUAAAGAAACAAAAAAUAUUACACGAAUCGAGGGCAUUAUUAAAAUGACAAUAAAAGAGUGGAAUACGAAUGUAUUUAUAGUAUUAUUAUUAUUAUAAGAGAAAUAAUAAAUAUGCUAACCCUAAAAUAAUGUUUAUGAUGCAAAAUUAUUAGUUUCAGCUUAUCGAGAAUAUUAAUAACCCCCUGAAGACAUCAUAUAGCUGACCAAAAAAUUGCCAUAAUUAUUUGCAACUAAACCAUUCAAACCUAUUUCUUAGACAGCACAAUGUAAUCAUAGUGACGAAGAAGAACCAUAAUGGAUGCAAGAAUCUUAAUUUAAUGCUCCUUUUUAAGUAAAUGAUAUAGAAAAUGAAAUUUAAUAAAAAAGAGAAUAAUAUUAAAAAGAUCAUGGAACUUUUGAGAAAAAAUAAGAAUAAAAAAGAUAAAAAACAGAAGAAUUUUAAAAAAACUAAGAUGCAAUAAGUAGUAUUGAAAUUGAAAAAUAGAAGUACAUAGAAAAACGGGAAUAAGAAUUAAAACAAUCCUAAGCUGCUAAUGAAACUAAAUAAAAACUAUUUGAGAUUUUUUAUUCAAAUAUUGAAUCUUAAUAAAAUCCUGUCUAGAUUAAUCAUAAAAUAUUAACAGUAGAGGAAUUAGAAAAAUUGCAAUUAUCAAACUAAAAUAAUACUAAAAAUAACCAAGAAGAAGCAGAGAAAGUUUAAGAGACCUGCAUUAGUGAUGAUGAAUUAAAUUAACUUUUGGGUCUUAAUAACAAUAAUGCAAACUCAAACUCUCAAAUUGAGGAAAAGGUGCCUUCAGUUCUUUUUAAAAGUGAAUUAAUUAAAACUUCACCAUUUUCUAUUCAAGCUCAAUUACACAAUAAAGACAUUAAUGAAUCUUUAUGGUUUUAUAUUGAUAAAUAAAACAAAGUAAUUUGGAUUUUUUAUUUAGACUUAAGGAGGGUUUCCAACUAAAAAUAUGGAUAUAUGGUUUUCAUAAAAUUACUUAAAAUCAAAUCUCAUGAUUUCUUGGGGUUCUCCUGGAAAGUGGAUAUAUUUAGAAUAAUUUUAAAACAACUUAUAAAUGAUAUUAUAAGGAACCUUAGAUAAAUUAAAAGCUAUGGAUCCUUCGGCUGUUGAUCAGGUCAAAGCUUACAAGCCUGCUCAAUCAAAUUAAUUAUAAUCAUGGAACAAUCAUUAAAAUUAUGUUUAAAAUAAUAAUAAUCACAGAUAUCAAUAUAACAAUUACAAUAAUUAAUAUGGAUAAUAAAGAAAUAGAAAUAAUUAAAAUAGAACUAUAUUUUAGAUUGGAUAAAAGGAUUCCUAGUAAAUGAAUAAUAAUUAGUAUUAUUAUUAAAAUGGAAAUUAAUAUGAAUAAUCAGGUGAAGGAUUUAUUCUUGAUCCAAAGAGUUUUCCAACACCUGAUGAAAAAUGA